UUUGCGGUGUUCUGGAAAUGGGAAGGUCUCCCUUCUCCACCGUGUCUUAUCCUACGGGGUGGACGGCAGUGCCCUUUGACUUACGCCAUCUCCUACCUCUACCGUCCUUUACCAGACGCAGCUCCGAGGGCUGGAGGUAGAAAACCGUACAAAACGGCCUAGGGGACGCGUGCCAGCCCAUCCUCCAUCCACCAUCUUGAGGACUGACUGGCCAUGACCUCUAUAAGGAGCAGGCAGCAAUUAGCCGCCUCUUGAGUUUUCUACAGGACUGGGACAACGCUGGCAAAGUCGCAAGGAGUCACAUCCUUGACAAUUUCAUCAAGACCAACCAAGGCAAGACCUCUCCUGAACUGGAGCAGGAGUUUUCCCAGGGAGCCAGCUUGUUCCUGGUUCGCCUGACGACCUGGCUGAGACUCAUCUAUAUGACUGGUUCCUGUUUAGAUAAGCUUCUGCAGUCUAUUGGCAUCUUCUUGUCAGCUGUGAGCAGUAAUCGGUACCUUAUAGAAUUUCUUGAAGUUGGAGGCGUCCUAACACUCUUGGAAAUACUUGGGCUGGAGAAGAUCAAAGAGGAGGACAAGAAGGAAUCCAUCAAGCUACUUCAGGUUAUUGCAAACUAUGGCAGGAAGUACAAGGAGCUCAUCUGUGAAAGCUAUGGCGUGAGAUCCAUAGCAGAAUUCUUGGCAACGUCGAAAUCCGAAGAGACCCAGGAAGAAGUGCAGGUUCUGUUGGAUUCUUUGGUCCACGGAAAUCCCAAGUACCAGAAUCAAGUAUACAAAGGUCUGAUAGCUUUGCUGCCCUGUGCAUCACCUAAAGCUCAGCAGCUGUCCCUGCAGACUCUCAGAACUGCGCAGUCAAUCAUUGGAACCACCCACCCCAGCAUCGUGGAGUGCGUCCUGAAGGUGCUGCGCACAAUGCACCUGGAAGUCCAGUAUGAAGCCAUCGAGCUGAUCAAGGACCUGGUCAGCUACGACGUGUGCCAGACCCUGCUCAAGGGCCUGGUGGAGCUGCUGAUACCGUCCGUCAAGGAGACCAGAAAACUGCAGCCCAAGAUCCUCAACGACUCCUUGGUUCCCCAGCUCACCGCCCACCUGCCGGUGUUCUUGCAGCAGGCCGCGGCGGCCAAGGCCAUCGGGGUCCUGGCGCGCAGCAACACGAGCAUCGCGGAGGAGAUGCUGCACCUGCGCGUGGUGCACGGCCUGUUAGCCGCCAUGGGCAACUCGGACCACUGCAACAGCCAGCGGCAGGCCAGCCUCACGCUGGAGUACUUCGUGCAGAUGUUCCCGGUGGUGGAGGAGCACGUCCGCCGGUCCAUGGGAGAGGAGCUCUACCAGCUCUUCCUUAGCAAUGCCGAGGACUUGUACAUGAAAAUAGAUAGCAUUCAGGCGGACAUCUUGGCGGCCAACAAAGUCAAUGUUUCCAAAGUAUUACACCAAAGUGGCGUCCCCCGCAGCAACACGACCUUUUAUCUUGAAGCUCAUGACAAGGAUCAGAUGGAUUACAUCUCAUACUUCCAGAAGGAGGAUAUGGAGGGAAAGGAGUAACAGAGCCUCUGAGGCAAUCCAUAAAGGUCCGGGCUGUGUUUCAGGAAGCCUGGGAGAAGAAUCCUGGGGUCACGCUCACGGUGACCCCACUGGCCCUAGGUGGGAGGCUGAGGGUUGGGCCUGCCUGUAGGGGAGAGGGAGAGCUGCCUGCUGGCAAGAAUUCAAUAAAUAGUCUUGCUAUC